AUGUUCGCUCCAGGACAACGAUCAACACCGAUUCGUACAAAUCAUCACGCUCCAGUGAUUCAUUCUGCUCCGCAUAUCGGAGAUAAAACUGUUUGCAUACUGAACAGAAGUCAGCUCGCCGCACGACAAGCGGUUUCCAAGGAUCUUCCUGACUUCAGUGGAAAUCCAGAGGACUGGCCACUCUUUUUUUCGAUGUUUAAUAACUCUACUCAAAUGUGCGGAUUUUCGAAUGAAGAAAACAUGCUGCGGCUUCGGAAAUGUCUUAAGGGAAGGGCGUUGGAAGCGGUUAAAUACCGCCUGUUACAUCCGUCGAACGUCGCGGGCGUUAUGUCUACGUUAAAAAUGUUGUAUGGUAGACCGGAGGCAAUCGUUCAAGCAAUCGUGAAAAAGGUUCGCACCUUACCGUCGCCGAACCUUGACAGGUUAGAGACGGUAGUCAACUUUGCUCUCACUGUGGAGAACCUCGUCGCAACAAUUCAAGUGUGUGAGGUGCAUGAUUUCGUUUACAAUGCUUCGCUACGAUACGAACUGGUGGAACGGCUACCCUCAGCAUUAAAGCUAGAUUGGGCUAAGCAUUCCAGAGAUAAACCCAACCCAAAUUUGCUAGACUUUAGCUCAUGGCUGUACUCAACAGCAGAAGAUGCGAGCGCAGUAAUGCCGUCGGGAAGCGGUGAGUCAAGACAACGUUCCUUAAAAAAGGAUGGAUUCUUGAACAUGCACUCUGAAAUCGAGUCGAGCAGUAGCAAACCCUAUACGGCGCCAAUGCAGACGAAGCAAACCGCUUACAGCGAGUGCGAAAAGCACUGUCCCAUAUGUAAGAAAGCUUGUGCCAGCGUCCCAAAAUGUAAACGCUUUGCGGAGCUGAGUACCGAAUCGAAGUGGGCUGCCGUGCGAGAGUGCAAGCUGUGCCGAAAAUGCCUACGGAGACACAACGGGUCCUGCAGACAACAAAAGCCGUGCGGUACAAACGGGUGCACCUUCCUUCAUCAUCCUCUUCUUCACUCCGAAAAACAACAAACUAAUAGUUCCCCGACAGUGACGUCCACAAGUUCUACACCACCGACUAACCCGCAGUUAAGUUGUAACAUUCAUCAGGGCGAAUCGCAAUUCCUGUUUCGGAUACUUCCGGUCAUUCUUUAUGGACCUUCGAAAACUAUUGAAUCUUACGCGUUUAUCGACGACGGAUCCGACAUUUCGUUAAUGGAACAAGAUCUAGCACAAGAGCUAGGUGUUAUAGGGCCAAUGAAAUCGCUAUGUCUCGGCUGGACAGGAGGAGCACACCGAAUGGAAACCUCUUCAGAGUGCGUAAACCUACAUAUCUCCAGUUACGGCGAACAACGAAAGAAGUAUAAGUUGUCCUUAGUACACACCGUAGAAAGCCUUAAAAUUCGGCCGCAAACACUUCGGUACGCCGAUAUUCAAGCAAAGUAUCCAUACCUUGCUGGUCUACCCAUUGCAUCGUACGAGAAUGCCUAUCCUCGGAUUUUGAUAGGCGUGGACAACCUCAGUGUCGGAAACGUACAAAAGAGCCGUGAGGGACGUAUUCAAGAACCGAUAGCCAUUAAAAUGAGAAUCGGAUGGACAAUCUAUGGAAAAUGCGCAACCGAAGAUAAAAUUGAACACUCUGUUAAUUAUCAUUCCGUCAAAGUAUGCCAGUGCAAUAAAGAUCUCGAUGAAGAUCUGCACCAAAUGGUUAAAAGUUUCUUCACACUGGACAGUAUUGGUAUCAGCGAACCUGUGAAACUCCUACAGUCAAAAGAGGAUGUACGAGCGCAGAUGCUUCUCGAAACAUUAACGAAACCUGGGAAUGGAUGGUAUGAGUCAGAACUUCUCUGGAAGUACGAAAACGUUCGGCUCCCAGAUAGCAAAGAGAUGGCUCUUAAAAGGUGGCAAUGUCUAGAAAGGGGAAUGAUGAGUGAUCCAGUGUUAGCAGAGGCAGUAAAAGCAAAGAUCUAUGAUCAUGUACAGAAGGGAUAUAUCCGUAAACUUUCGGAACAGGAACUGCAAGUGAAACGCUCUCGGGUCUGGUACUUGCCUAUGUUUCCGGUUUUAAACGCAAACAAACCAGGAAAAACAAGACUCGUAUGGGAUGCAGCCGCAACCGCCCACGGGGUUUCGCUGAACUCCGUAUUGCUUAAAGGCCCAGAUUUACUAACCUCCUUGCUAUCGGUAUUGAUCCAGUUUCGCGAGUAUCGGAUCGCAAUUUGUGGGGACAUCCGCGAGAUGUAUCACCAAGUCCACAUUCGCGAAGAGGAUCAGCACUGCCAGAGAUUUUUUUGGAAAGAUGGGACUAACACGAACCCGAGUACAUACGUCGUACAGGUAAUGACAUUUGGAGCCUGCUGCUCACCAAGUACCGCUCAGUACGUAAAAAAUACUCAUGCGGCAAAAUAUGAACAAGAAUAUCCUGCUGCCGUCGAAGCAAUCGUAAAGAGACAUUAUGUCGACGACAUGCUUCUAAGUGUAGAAUUGGAAUCACAAGCGAUUCAACUGUCGAAAGAGGUUAAAAAGAUACCCGCGUCGGCCGGAUUUGAAAUCCGCAAUUGGACAACGAACUCACCAGCAGUUCUGAAAGCGAUGCACGAGCCAACAAUAGAGGAGAAAAACCUUAGCGGUGACAAUUCAUUCGAAAAGAUUCUCGGGCUAUGGUGGGACACCUCAUCAGAUUGUUUUACGUUUAAAAUUUCACCUCGCAUAGACAAGCUUCUACUAUCUGGACGACGUCGACCAACUAAACGGGAGGUCCUUCUCAUGAUGGUGUUCGACCCGCUAGGGCUCAUAGGGCACUUUCUAAUGGUUUUAAAAACACUCCUUCAAGAAAUCUGGCGCGCUUCGAUCGACUGGGACGACUUAAUCGAUGACUCACACCUUAGCAAGUGGACAACGUGGUGUUCAGCACUACCAGAAAUAACAACCGUGAAAAUUCCUCGUUGCUACCGAAUGGUGACGUCUACAGCCGACAGUACAACGAUCCAGCUACAUAUAUUCGUAGAUGCGAGUGAGACUGGCUACGCCGCUAUCGCUUACUUGAGAUAUCAGGAAGGAACCGUCGUCGAAUGCUCCCUAGUUAGCUCUAAAACAAAAGUUUCGCCUUUGAAAUAUCUGUCAAUCCCGCGCUCUGAGCUGCAAGCUGCGGUUAUCGGCGUUAGACUUGCGGAAACCGUUUCUAAAUCAUUGUCCAUUAGAGUGAAGGAACGCUUCUUUUGGACGGACUCGAAGGACGUACUAUGCUGGCUGAAAUCCGACCAUCGGCGCUAUAACCAGUACGUCGCGUUCAGAGUUAGCGAGAUACUGGAGGCAUCUGAUAUACGCGAAUGGAACUGGAUAUCGACCAAACAGAAUGUCGCGGACGAGGGAACAAAGUGGAAAGGCCGUCCGGAUUUGUCCGCCUCUAGUCGCUGGUUCCAGGGACCAGCGUUCCUACGGAAAUAA